AUUCAGCUCCUCCGUUCCCGCGGCAUCUCUCAGUUUAAGAAGGAACGCAGGCGCUCACGGGGAACCUCACUGCGCGUGCGCAGCGCAGCUGAGGCGAACGGGCCACAGCCUUUACCCGCCUGAGCUGCGAGGAAGGGAGGAAGUAUUCCAGAGCUCGGGGAACGGAGGGGCCGCACGCGCGCCGCGCCCUGCCUGCCUCUGCGCGGGAGGGUGGAGAGGGGAAGGGUCGGCCCGUGUUGCCUCGGUGCUGUGGGUCCAGUGAUGUCCCCCUCGCGCGCGCCGGGGCGGCGAGGCGGUUCCGGCGUGCUGUGAUUCCCCUCCCCCCCGCCCGCCCCUCCGGCGGCGGGAGGCAGACGGUGCGCUGCCCAGGCGCGCCCGGCAGAGACCCCCCAACCCCCGAACUCCCCCCUCGCUUGGGGCGGCCCGAGGUGGGGAGGGGCAGGCGGCGACGGCCUCCAGCUUCCCCCGGGCCAAGCGGCAACUGCCGAGGAGCCGGCGGCGGGCGGAACCGCGGCUGCCGCUGAGGAGGCGCGAGCCCUGGUCAGGCCCCGCCCCCACCCACCCCAGCCUUGUACCCAACCAUGGACUGAACCCAGAGGCCCCUGGUUCCCGCGUUAGGCGCGGCCUCCCGUGGCCUGGGCACGUUGGUCAGUAGCGCCUGGACCCUGGGACUGCAGGGGUCAAGGGGUUGGGGUACUGCGUGUGGAGGAAGGGUGAUGGGGUAUGAGGAAGAGAAUGGUGGAGGCAGAGUAAAGGGGAAAGUUACAGAGCUCCGCUGGGCCAAGUGGUUAGUGGUGGCAGGUGGGAGUGUGUCGGAGUGAUGGGAGUGCAGAGUGGGGAGUGACUGGGGACAGCUGUGGUGUUCAGGUGCGGCAUGGAGCUGGUCUGUUGCCAUUGGAGGUGAGGGGUGCAGAGUAGCUGGCUUCAUAGCGUGAAUUAGAAUAGGAGCAGGGUGAGACCUGCUGGUGUGGAAUAGAGAGGCAGAAGGGGCUAGGGGCCGUCAUUGAGUAGUGGGACUAAGGACAGGUCUUGAGAAGUGAGCGAGGUGCUGUUUGCUCAGAACAGUGAUGUGUUUGUGGUGUGCUUUACAGAGAGGGAGAGACCCAGGAACCUGAGGGGAGUGCAUUGGGGAGGCAUUGAGGAAGGGCAGGACUGAAGGAUUGUUCCCCCAUUGUCUGCUGGGCCCCUUCCCCACCCAGCAGGAGAUGAGGAGGCCCUGAUGAGAAAGAUCUUUGUGAAGAGAGGGGCAGGUCCAGGUCUCUAGGGGCUGUUACAGUUUUGGAGGGCCCAGCAGGCUUUUGGGGCUCCAGUGCCCCAGUGGUAGGGGAUGGGGUUGUCCUAGUGUCUUGAGUCCCUUCCAGUGUUGGCUACUUUGUUCCUCUCCUGUUGCCUCGAUGUCUACUUUUUCUUUUGUCAGCAUCUUACAGAAUCAGGUCUUGAGGCCAGUGCCUCACACAGGGGCCCCCCUAGGCCAGCCUUCUGAAGGCGUGGGCCGGGGUGGGGCAGGGAGGGUCAGCCCAGGUCAGAUUGAUCUAGACCAGGGGGAAGCAUGGAAUGAUGGGGACCAGGGCUAGGGCGGCUUCCUUCUCUCUUCAUGGUCUUCCCCUAGCAGGGGCUUCCUCUGCUGGUUCCACUUCCCCCAGGGAGCCCACUCGAAGCCUAGGCCAGCCCCAGGAGCCCAGCCAGGGGUGGGACCCAGCCUAAGGCUGGCUCUGCUACCACCUAGCUCCUGGAGCAGGAGAUUGGACCCCUAGGACUGGUCCCCUGGUGAGGGAAGAACCAUCCUGUGCAUAUCCUUAAGGAGACAACUGGCACUGUUGCCUUCCCUGGGCAGAGACUUGUAAUGAUUUUCUUGUCUGCCUCUUAGUCUGUGCCCAUGUUUUUUUGGAGUUAACCACGUCCUCCCGUCUUGUGGGCAAGGAGGCUGAAUGAAAAAAGAAAAAAGAAUAAUGCUUUGACUUUACUUGUAUUAUUUAAAUUUCUUUGAAUAUAUUUCUAUACAUCCUAUCUAAAGUUGAAAUAGAGACAUAAAACUAGCAACGUAAGAAAUCCACAGUAAUGUCUUCAGGAUCUUUCUGACCUUCAAGAAAGGGAAAAUGAAGAUAUUGUGGCACAACAUCAGAAGCAAAGCCUGGAGUUCUGUGCUUUAGAGGUGUUGUUGCUGUCCUAUGAGGGCAGGAGUCCUGGAGCUGGCAUGGCCGAGGAACCCUUGCACAAGCUGGAGGAAGGGCCAUUACAUUAUCAUACCUUAUGAAAAGGAAGAUAACCCAGAAGCUUGCUAUUCAAAAGGCUAUGACAGAUGCAUUCCAGAAACUGCUGGUUGUGGUUUUAGCUUCAGGAUCUUUCUGACCUUCAAGAAAGGGAAAAUGAAGAUAUUGUGGCACAACAUCAGAAGCAAAGCCUGGAGUUCUGUGCUUUAGAGGUGUUGUUGCUGUCCUAUGAGGGCAGGAGUCCUGGAGCUGGCAUGGCCGAGGAACCCUUGCACAAGCUGGAGGAAGGGCCAUUACAUUAUCAUACCUUAUGAAAAGGAAGAUAACCCAGAAGCUUGCUAUUCAAAAGGCUAUGACAGAUGCAUUCCAGAAACUGCUGGUUGUGGUUUUAGGUCAGCUACUUUUCUUGGAAGCAGUGUGGCCAAGGGGAGGAAGAAUGUCUCUCAGAUGUCAGCUUUGAGGAGGAGGAGUUCAGAUGCCCAGAACUGGGCUAGCACUUCUGAAUCUUCCUGAAGACCGGGCCCUGUGACUUCCUUGGGAAGCUCUGCACCACCUCACCCCCACCCCUGCGCUGCUGGAGCCUGGGGCCACUCUGGUCUGCAGCCCAAAUCCUGCCUCGUUGUGCUGGGGGGCCAGGCUGGGGUUGGAGAGAGGGCCUGGCAGGAGGAGUCAGCUGAGACUUGGCUCCUGUAUCCAGACUUAGAGUCAAAUGGAGAGCUGCCUGCAGGGCCAUAUGAAGAUGUUGCUGUUCCACGUCAAGGUGAGAAUGACAGGAUAACCCAGCAUCAAAAGCUCCCAGAGGAGGUUCCAGUGCUAGGCUGGGAUCAGAAUCAGGCCCCAGCUCUGUCUCGACCUAAAGGUAAUAAGAUCAAAGCUGUAGAUAUAGAUCUACCUUUGGAUCUUCUGGGAAGCCCAGAUCAGCCUCCAGAGCCCCCUGAGGAGGCUGAAAUGUCCUCAUCCCUGCAGGAGGCCCAGGCUCAGCGUCCAGAGCCCACUCAGGAGGUUGAGUCUCCACCCCAGCAAGAGGGUCCUGCUCAAAAUCCACAGACCCCUGGGAAGGUUGAAUCUUUUCCGCCCCAGGCAGAGGCCCAGGCUCAGCGUCCAGAGGCCACUGAAGAGACAGAACCAGCUCCACUUCAGCAGGGGGCUCUGUCUCAGCCUUCAGAGGGCCCUGAGGAAGUAGGCGCUGCAGUCCCUUGGGGGGAGGGAGGGCUUCAGGAGCUUUUAGCUGAACAAUUAAGGCCUCAUGGUCCCAAUGAGAAUGAAGCUCAGCAGUCAGACCUGCACAGUGUCAGUGUUAACCCUGUGGAUCUGGCACUUACUAUAAAUCCAGAGGUCACUAAUGUGGUUGAAACUUCUCCAGUUCUGCAGGAGGCCCCCUAUCAGCCUCCAGAGAGCCCUGAGGAGGUGGAACCUUCUCCAGUCCAGGAGGAAGCUGCGUCUCAGCCUCCAGAGAGCCCCGAGGAGGUGCAACCUUCACUUGAGCAGGAGGCCCAGGCUCAGCCUGCAGAGCAUCCUGAGGAGGCGGAACCUCCUCCAUUCCCUCAGGAGGCCCAGGCUCAGCCUGCAGAGCGCCCUGAGUAUGACUCUGCCCCUCUCCAGCAAGAGGCCCCAGCGCAAGUUCCGGGGUCCCCUGGUGAGACUGUACCUCAGUUUCCAGCGAGAGAUGAGGCAGCAGCUCGACCUGGAAGUAAGUAUCCAGCUCACUCCAACCCAUCCAGUGUUACACUUAAACCAGUGGAUUUGGAACUUACGGUCACUCCAGAGCCUGCUAAGGAAGGCGAGUUUACCACAGCCCAGCAGGAGGCCCUGCCUCAGCUUCCAGAGAGCCCUGAGGAGGUGGAACCUUCUCCAGUCCAGGAGGAAGCUGCGUCUCAGCCUCCAGAGAGCCCCGAGGAGGUGCAACCUUCACUUGAGCAGGAGGCCCAGGCUCAGCCUGCAGAGAAUCCUGAGGAAGCGGAACCUCCUCCAUUCCCUCAGGAGGCCCAGGCUCAGCCUGCAGAGCGCCCUGAGUAUGACUCUGCCCCACUCCAGCAAGAGGCCCCAGCGCAAGUUCCGGGGUCCCCUGGUGAGAAUGUACAUCAGUUUCCACCGAGUGACGAGGCAGUAGCUCGACAUGGAAGUAAGUAUCCAGCUCACUCCAAGCUGUCCAGUGUUACACUUAAACCAGUGGAUUUGGAACUUACGGUCACUCCAGAGCCUGCUAAGGAAGGCGAGUUUACCGCAGCCCAGCAGGAGCCCCGGCCUCAGCCUCCUGAAUAUUCUGUGGAGGCAGAACCUUCUCCAACCCCGCAGGAUGCCACAGGUCAGCCUCCAGAGCCUCCUGAGGAAGCUGAGCCUUCUCCAGGUGAACAGGGACGACCGGCUCAGCCUUAUGAGCCUAAUGGGGAAGUUGUACCCUUCUCAACCCAGCAGGAGAGCCCAGCUCAGCCCACAGAGCAUCCUGAGGUGGUGAACCCAGCCACCCAGCAGGAGAGCCCAGCUCAGUCUCCAGCAGAGAUAGAGCCUUCCGCAACCCAGCAGGAAAGCACAGCUCAGCGUCCACAGUCUCCCGCUGAGGCCGAACCCUCUCCAGCUCAUUCUCAAGAUCAUGUGACAACAGCUUCUCCUCCAGGCCAGGAUCAAGCUCAGUCUCUGCAGUGGCCCAGUGUCACUGUUAAACCUGUGGACCUUGCACUCACCAUAACUUCAGGGCCCACAAGUGAAGCUGGACCUUCUCCGCCCCAACAGGAGGCCUCAUCUCAGUCUGCAGGGUCCCCUGAGCAGUUGGAACCGUUACUGGUCGAGCAGGAGGUUCUGGAACAGCCUCCAGCCCCCUCAGGAAAUGGUGAACCUUCUCCAGUCCAGCUUGAGCCCCCAACUCAGCCUCCAGAGACCUCUACAUCUGCCACAGCUCAACAUCCAGUACAUAAUGAGGUGACGUUCUCACCUGCAGGGCCAGGUGAAGCUCAGCAUCCAGUGAUGCCUAGUACCAUAGGCAAACCCCUGGAUCUCACAGUUGUCAUCACUCCAGAGCCUGCUAAGGAGGCUGAAAGUUCCCCAGAGCAGCAGGAGGGCUCUGCUCAUUUUCCCGUUUCCCCCGAGCAGGCUGAAAUUUCUCCAGUCCAGUCUAAGCCUCUUUCUCCAUCUCCGGAGCACCCUGGGAGGGUUGAAUCUUUCCCAGGACAACAAGAGGCCACAGCUCAGACUACAGGUCCCCCUGAGGGGGUGGGGCUUUCUUCGGUCCAGGAGGAAGCCCCGGCUCAACCUCCAGAGCCACCUAAGGAGGUUGAGAUGACAGUUGGAAGACCAGGACAGAAUCACACUCAGCAUUCCAGCUCGCCCAGUGUCACUCAUAAAGCUUUGGACCUGGGGCUUACCGUGACUCCAGGGCCUCUUACAGAGGCUGGACACUCUGCAGCCCUGCAGCAGACGACAUCUCAUCCAACGUACAUGGAGGUGACACCUCCACAGGCAGAGCAGGUGCUGGCUCAGCAUCCAGCCAUGACUGAGUUCACAGUUCAGCCUCUGGAUCUGGAACUUUCACUAAGUCCAGAACCUGAUACAGAGGCUCGACCUUCUCCAACCACGCAGGGGACCCCAACUUGGCCUCCAGAGCCCCAUCAGCCUUCAUUGUAUCAGGAGGUGACAGUUCCCACACCAGACCAGGAUCACCCUGAGCAUCUAAUGUCAUCUAGUGUCAUAGAUAAACCUUUGGAUCUGGAGCUUACCAUGACUUCAGUACCUACUACGGAAGCUGAACAUUCCACAUCGCCCCCUCCAGAACACCCUGAGGUGACACUCACCCCUUUAAGCAUCACUCCAGUCACAGUUCACGCUGUGGACCUGGAAGUUACUGUAACUGGAUCAUCCAGUGUGGAUGUUGAACCUUCUCCGACCAAGCAGGAGACCCCAACUCAGCCUCCAGAGCCACCAAAGGAGGUUGUUGUUGAAUAUCCACCCCAUCAGGAGGUGACCAUUCCGACUUCAAGUAAGGGUCAAGGUCAGCACACAACACCGUCCAGCGUCACACCUCAUCACGUAGACCUGGAGCUAACCAUGACUUCAGAACCUGCUAUGGAGGCUCAACAUUCUACAGUCCUCCAGAAGACUACAGCUCCUCCUCCUGAGGUGGCACUUGCACAUCCAGACCUGACUCGAGUCACAGUUCCCCCUGUAGGUCAGGUAGAUACCAUAACUCGGCACCCAGGGUCACUGAAAACACCUGCUUCGGCUGAGCCUUCGGUGGUGCAUUCUGUACCAUACACCUCAGAAAAGGAGCAACCGGAACAGAGCGCUCCCACAAGUGUGGACAUCUGUGAGCUCUGCAUGUGCAGUAAUGAGAUCUUGUCCUGCACUGGUCUCAGCCCAGAGGAGAGGCUCCAGACAGUGCCCGUGCCGCAGCCCAGCAGCUACAACGGCACCUUCACCAUCCUAGAUUUCCAAGGAAACUCUAUUUCUUACAUUGAUGAAAAUACUUGGAAGCCUUACCGCUGGACUGAGAAACUAAUUCUCAGAGAUAAUUCUUUGACUGAGUUGCGUAAGGAUUCAUUUAAAGGCUUGCUAGCCCUGCAGUAUUUAGAUUUAUCUUGCAAUAAAAUACAGUUUAUUGAAAGCGGUACAUUUGAAUCACUACCUUUUCUGGAGUUUGUCAAUCUUGGUUGUAAUUUAAUAGUAGACCUGAGCUUUGGAACGUUCCAGGCCUGGCAUGGAAUGCAGUUUUUACAGAUGAUAAAUCUCAGUCAUAAUCCUUUGACAACAGUUGAAGAUUCUUAUCUUUUUAAAUUGCCAGCAUUACGAUAUUUAGACCUGGGAAAAACAGAAGUCUCGCUUACAACAAUAGAAAGAAUCCUCAUGAUAAGCGUUGAAUUGAAAACACUGAUCUUACCUAGCCAUAGGACCUGCUGCCUCUGCCAAUUUAAAACUACUAUUGAAGUUGUCUGCAAGACAGUCAAGCUGCACUGUGACAGUGACUGCCUGGCAAGCACCACACGUUGUGGUGAAGAAGCAGCUGUAGGGAACAUAGAAGGAUCGCUCAUGAAGGUGUUACAAGCCCGGAAAAAUAAUACCAGCACCGAGCUGAUUAUUGAGCCAGAGAACGAGUCCUCGGACGAACAUGGUGUCAGCUUCUCAGCCUUCGUCGAUAAACAGCUAGACUUUAAUGACGAAAUUGAUGUUAUUAGUGCAGUAAAUUAUGUACUGCCUUAUUUCUCGGAGGGAAAUCUAGAAGACUUAGAGACAGCAUUUUUACCAUUCAUAAAACUUCUCUUUUCCCAUCUACAAGAUGGAGAUAAGUCCCUGGGUUAUUUGGAAAAAAACACAAGGAACCGUUUUGUUCAACCUGAAUCCAACAACUUACCUUAUAAAAAUAAACUGCAGAGAUUCUAUCAUCUGAAAAAAUGGUCAGAUUCAGAAAUGCAAAAAAAAAUCGAUGAGGUUGAAAAGAAGGAAAAAGCUGCCAGGCUUGUACGUGCCGACCCUUUGGGUCACAAAUUAUGGCAGGUCUUUCAAGAGCAACUGGACACUGCCCAACCACAGGAAAACAGCCCGGCAAAGACUGAAAGUGUAGGGAAAAGGCUGCGGGGAGUGGACUGGGUCCUCAGGGGCCCAAAUGGCAUCAUCAAAAAACGUGUCAAAAAACUGAUGCGUAGGAGGAAACAGAAUUCCCAGCCAGCUGUGGAGAACACUGCCAAGGAUGAAAAGCAGUUGGACACUGCCCAACCACAGGAAAACAGCCCGGCAAAGACUGAGGGUAUAGGGGAAAGGCUGCAGGGAGUGGACUGGGUCCUCAAGGACCCAGAUGUCGUCGUCAAAGAAAGUGUCGACGAACUGAUGCAUUGGAGGAAACAGGAUGCCCAGCCAGCUCUGGAGAACACUGCCAAGGAAGAGGCACUCAGAAGGCAGUCCCCAGGAGCAGGGGGGCAGCUUCAGAUGAUGUGGAGGCCCCGGAAGUUAGUGGGAAGCUCGUUCAACACAAAACCCUCACUUAUAAAUGAAGACAAAGCAGCAGUCUCUUCUUCCCUGCCCCCUGCCCCCACCCCUCCUAAAUCUGAGGUUAGACAGGAAUCAAAAGACUUAUCCUAUAGUAUUUUAGAAGACGCAGAAAGUAUAGUUAGAAAUAUGGAAGCUUCUAAACCAACCUCACGUCCCAGAAAAAGACGCCUGUUCCUUGGUAGUCGCUCUCGUGCGAUGCACAGCUUAUUCCAGGCCAAAAGGAAUCGAACUUUGAAAAGGAAAGAGCUCCUCAGGAGUAUAUCUGCAGGCAGGCCUCCCUCUGCAGUGAGGAGCCUCAUAAAUUCUCCUUCAGGAGAAGCUAUUUCUUCUUCAGCAGAACUAAAUUCUCAUGAAAACCCACCAGAGUUAUUUUCUUCUUCAGACCCUCUUGCAGGAAAGGCAACUGUGCCGGAAGGAGCUCUCUCUGAAGUCGCUGCCCGUACGGACGUUCCCAGCACAUAUUCUGUUACUACAGGCAACUUUGUGCCAACUGUUGAACACACGGACGAAACACAAAGGGAAUACCUCAACGUGGGCACUGAAUUACCCUCUAAACCCACCAGCUUCACUUCCCCAGGGCUUCCAUCCUUGGGUGAUCAGUUUGAACUCCAGGUAAACCAGCAGCUACGGUCCAUCGUACCAAAUGGUUACAUGAGAGGCCUCAUUUCUCAUUUGAUCCGAACUCUCAAAAUGGACUGCUCUGAGACGCACGUGAAGCUGUCCUGUGCCAAGUUUUUCACCAGAACAGGCCUUCUGAUAAAGCUGCUCAGUGAGCAGCAAAAAGUAAAAUUGUCCCCGGCAGAGGGGGAUACUGACCUGUGGAAAACUGAGAACUACAUCAGUGAGAGCGCAGAAGGCCAGAGUGAACAGACAGGGCAGGAGCCACAUGAGCUCACAGAGGAAGUUCCAGGAUCCGACUAUAAGAGCAAAGUCUUGUGGGCAGUUUUAAUAUCUGUGGCAGUAACUGCAGUAGUGGCGGUCUUGGUUAUAAGUUUCUGCCUUUUUGAGAUUUGUUCACGCAGAAAAGCAGCAAAAGAUCAGAAAAAAAGCGUAAGGGGCUUCUUUCGGUUUUUGCUGUGUAGAAAAUGCUCAGAGCAAAGUGAGAGCCAGGAGGGCUUCUUCCAGAGAAUGCGGCCGCUCUGGCUCAGGGACAUGUACAGACCUCUCAGUGCCACACGCAAAAAAAAUAUGGCGCAGAAGCUACAUGAUGGGGAGUCUUCUGACGAGGAAGAGAUUUUCAGUAAGGAUGUGAGGGCACCCACGGAUGACGCAGCUGACGUGGUCCUGACCAGCGAGCCGGACAAGCCGGAUGAGGAGAGCGAGACGGUACUGGGGAGCAACGCGGUGUGAGCGCCGUCCCGCCUCGGGACGCCUGUGCAUUUUAUUUUCUAAUAUUAUCCUUUCAGAAAGAUUGCUUAUAAAAUACUCCUUUUUCUCCAGUGAAGAUGUACAAAUUCCAACCAAUUCUAGCCACGUGGUGAGGACUUAAAAUGUAAAUAGUUGAAUAUUUAUAAGCAAAGAACAAGGGCCACAGGCAGGAGAAAGCAGGGCUGAGGCUUGAAUCCCUCACAGUAGGCAGUGCUUCCGUGAGGGGUGACGUGGGCACAGGAGGAUGACUAGAAGGAUGAAGAAGGGCUUCUCUCCCUCGUUUCCCCAGUAGAGUCAGUCCCUGGGAACCGGGAAGCGUGUCGUGCGCCGGGGGCAGGAUCGUGCAGUCACGGCACAGCCGGCGCUGGCUUCCCCCCCUGCUCCGGGCCGGCGGCGGCUACUCACAGCACGGCUGCCCCUGCCGGUGGGGGCCCCGCUCACAGGGGCUGGGGCGGCCAGAAGGUUUGCGUCCCUGGGCUGCCUCCACCCUGAGGCCAAGGCCUGGCUUUUCUCCGAAGCUCUCAAACUCGUGUACAGAUGUGUUUCCUGUCAUGGUAGGGGGUUCUCCACCCUUUGAAGCUGGUGGAAAAUUCUCAUUGAGUUUUUUCUUCUCUAAAAAGCCCCUAACCCUUGGAGAGCUAGCUGGAGGGACAGGGUAGAGAAUGGGUGGGAGCAGCCAUUGCCCAAGGUGGCCAUCCCCAGGCCUCCCCUGGGCUGCCCUGGCCUCUCCUGACCCCACUGAGGGUCUGCCACGUGCUGCUCAGCUCCCUCCAGCUCAGCCCAGCACCAAACCUCCCCACUUCCUGCCUCACCCAGCACAGGCCUGUGGCUGCGUGAUUUCAAGCGAGUGUGUAAUGACAGUGCCACCUGCAUUAGCUGCAAGGUUCUUCCACUCCUACAAAGGAAGUCAUUAUUCAGUCGCAUUUAAUAAGCCAGUGAUGGUUGAAGUACCUUAGUGAGUAAAAGGAAUUCUGAAUGAGUCAAUAACAGUGACAACUACAGUGAGGAGAAUGACGGGAGCUGUUUACCGAGCACCUGCUCUGGGCCAGGUGCAGUACUAGGCACUUGAGUCACACCAUUAGGUCAUAAGAACAGAAAGUCCCCAUGCCCGCCCAGACUCUGUAAUGAGUCAGGGGUUGAUGUCAACGAGGGAGGUGGACACGAAGACAAGGAGCAGAUGAGAAGCCAGGGAUAAAGAUCCUCAUGUUGCUGGGCUUCCCAACGUGCGAGCCAGGAUUCCAAGUAGCUCCAGGUUCCUAUGUGGGGAUGUUUCCAUUAUUUCAAUGUUGGUACAUAGAGGGAGGCUUAGGUAAGAUUUUUUAUGUCACACUACCUCCAAUUUGCACAAUUCUUUAUUAGUCUCAAAUGCUACCCUAAUGUAUUUCUAAAUAGAAAUGCCCAAGAGUAAGGCUCUGCUUUGCCCAGCUUGACCCAGAUUGGGCAGUGCUUUUGCCAGAACACAGACUUCACCUGGCCCGCCUGUCUGUCCUUGGCUCAGGGACACACCCUGGCUCUAGGAGUCAGCUGGUACAAAAACCAUGGCCACCUACAGCUGCCUCUGUCUCCAUCAUACUGAUGGGCAAACUAGCUCGGAGUCCGGCUCCUUACUGAGAACUGAGUGACAGAACAAGGGACGGAGAUACAAGGCUAACAGCUACUCAGUGAAAAUUCUCACUGACUCUAAUGAGAUCUGUCAGAGGAAUUAGCCAUUUUUAAAAUGAUAAUGAAACGAGGCAAUGAAUGAGUAGGGCAAGAAUGACACAGAAGAGUUGUAGGGUUUGGAGGAGGGAAGGUUAGGAAGCUGGGGAGAGUCCAUGAAAAAGGUGGGACUUGUCCUGGGCCUGGGUUACAAGCCAGAGACUGUGCCUGGUCUGGAGGAAGAGUUGGACACAGUCCCUGUCCUGCAGGCACUCCUAAGACUGGGAGGAGGGACAGACCCCUGAAGGUGUACGUAGAAGACAGUGUGUUGAUGUGACAAUGGCAGUGUGCCAAGCGGUGGGUUCAGCUCUUGGUUGGCUGGAAAGGAGUAAAUGUGAGGGAUGGCUUGGAGGAGGGGAAGAGGAAGGAAGCCACACAGAAGUUUAGGCUGACGAGAUGAAGGAAAGGCCUGGUCUAGACAGGACAGUACAGCAGCUAGAAGCGUGAAACCCCAGGGUGUGCUCGCACGUGCGCAGCCUGCUUCCCGAGCACGCAGCGCGAGGCGGGAAAGGCAGUGUGAGAGGCCGCGUGGGGAGCAGGGUACCUGUCCCCGGGGUCCUGGCAGAGGCACGUGGUCAUGACCAGGCAGCACAGACUGCAAUGUUUUAAGCAGAGAAGGGUCAUGAUCAAGCUUGAGUUUUAGAAAGAGCACUUUGAAGGUGGUCUGGAAGUAGAGAGGCCAAGAGAUCAACUUGGGGGUUUAGACCAAGUAGGAACUGGGAGGAAGUGGGGCGCCAGACUGGAGGUUUUGAUGCAGCUGAAGCACGUGUAUGGUGGGUACACAUGAGUGGGAACUGGAAGGACAAGCGCUUUUGUUCACAGAAGGAAAGGUUGGACUUUUGAGAGUUUGUAUGGUAGAUUCCAGAUGAUAAUAAGGUCCAAGUGUAACCUGUGGGUGGGGGUCAGGAAGUAUCGGGAAUCCAGCAAGUGAUGAGAAAGAGCUCGAAUGACCUUGGAGACUCACUUGUUUCCCCUUUAUGUAGCUCAGCAGAAAGCUAGCUCAGCAGGCACCUGCAGGGCCAUGGGUGGGGGAAACAGGCGCCCCUUCCGUCAUUUCUACCCUCUGGCAGUUCCCAGUAUUAGUGGUACAGGUGGACAGAAUCAACUUUCUCAGAACUCUGGAAAUCUAACCAAUGGGCUUGUAGAAAUCUGAGGGGCAAUUUAUUUAAGAAAACACAUUAACUUUCUCUCUCUCUUUCUUUCUUUCUUUUUCUAUCUUUCUUUCUCUAUUUAUUUAUUUAAAACACUAACUUCUGUCAGGACAGUGAGAUCUGUGUUGCUUUAACUUGUCCUAGAACUUUGCCCUCCAUGAAAGUUUCUUGGGGACAAAGUCUUUGUCCUAUUCUUUGUAACCCCAACACUUAGUGCAGUGCAGAGCAUGGCUCACAGUGAAUGUUUUUGAAUAUAUCCAUUAAAUUUGUCAACUGUGAUUCAACAACCACCCCCCUCCCUGGGUCGCCUAUCUGACCAUAAUGAAACUCAGAUUCUUAUGAGAGUCUUGGUGUUAUAAAAUGUUUAGGAAAGGUCAUGAGUUUAAGACAUGGUACCAGUGCUACUAAAACCUCUUGGUGGAGGGAGCUAACGAGCCCACUCUCCGAUGUGCUGGCAAGAGAAAAACUGAGCCUUUGUUCUCUUUCCACAAGUUAGGCACCAGCAAGCUAAUGAAGGGGGAAGGGAGGCUGCCACUAGUGGGCAUCUGCAGAACUGUUAGUCCAGCUCCAGAUGCACAAUCGACACCUUCAUUAACCCAAACUGAACUUUGUGAAACUGCAUUUCUGAACUACAAGACAAAUAGGAGGGUCUUUUCCAAAGCCUGAUUUAGAGGAGGCUCUUCACCUUGAGUCUAAAAUCCCCUUCAGACAACUGAACCUACCUGCUGUGAUCUGCUUGUGACAUGGAGAAAUCACAAAAUUUUCAAGGUUCUGAAAAACCCAUACUUCUUAUUAGUUGUAGUCAGGAAAGAAAGUAUAGUGCAUUAGGCAAUAGCAAUAUAUCUUCUUUAUAUUUUUCACACUACAGCUUAACACAAACAUCCAUACCUCAAAGGUUCCUAUUGACCACAGAUAAUUCACUUCAGACAUACAGAAUUUUUGAAAAAUAACGUUUUGGGUGGUUGAGGAGAGAGGUGCCCAGUGGUGGGUGUUUAGGAAUUUUUUCCGCUUUACCAUUUAAAAGCAGCUAAUAGUUGAGGAGGCACCCAUACCUUUUGUUCCCUGAAGAAUUUUGGGCUAAACUUAGUUCUUUGCAGCUCUGUGCUGCAUACAUUUUAAGCAGUUAGGAAUUUUGCACAUGAGCAGGGGUUAAAUUCAAAAGUGGAAUUUCAAGCACGUUAGAGCAACAACAAUGGGAUUUGUGACAACGCUAAUUAACAGUAUCAAUAAUAUACAAAUGAUUGUCCUGAAAUAUCAUCUUUCAAAACAGGAUAACAUUUUGAAGAGGUGGAUUGAGUUUAUCUUGGAAGAGUGUGCAAAUGGUUUCAUUAUCUACUAUUUUUAACUGCCAGUAAAAAUAUAAAAUCGUUUUCUUCUAUAGAUAGUUCAGAGUGCCAAGAAUUUGACCAGAGCUGAUGGAAAAGUGACAUUAUUCACCUUUUAAUGCUUCUGGGUCUCUAUAACGCCAAGGAUGAGAACUACCCCAACUGUCUUUUUAACCAAAGAGGAUUUGAUUAUAAAUGCCUAUGUAUGUGUGCGAAUGAAUGACCAAAUCAUGUAGGGAAUGAAGGUAUUUCAUGUAGGGCAUUUUCAAGCUUGGCCAGUAAAAACGUUAUGUAAACUUACGGUCUCCCCCAACGACAGUGUGAAGCUCUGAGAUCUGUUCUGUUCACUGCUGUAUCUUCAGUGCUUAGACAGAACUGACAGAAAGUAACUACUUAAUAAAUUUGCACAAAAAGGAAUAAAUCCUGCAGUAUUAUGUUUAACUAAUGAAUGCAACAAUUUUGAUAAUUGCAUAAUUUUGCUGUUAUAGGUAAACUCAAAAAGGCCAAAUACUAUGCAAUAUUUCAAAUAUUUUCUAUAGUGAAAUAUUAAGUACCAAAGAAGACAGAAUCAAAGAAAAGCUAAGGCUGUAGACUUUUGGGAGAACUCCAUGCCACUUAACUGCUCUCAUAUUAUUCCUCUGUUUGAAACUAAAGUCAAGGAAAGUUGACCUCCCCUACUCAAUUCCUUACAACCUUCAUGAAGAUCUUUCGUGUGUGUUGAUAUCUUUCAAUGCAAAUAAAAAUCAUUGCACCAGUA